CCGACUGCUCUUCGUUACCCCACAUUCAGCAUACGCAAUACCAGGAGCUAUCAUUCGCCUUUCUAUCAACAUUAUCUGUCAAUACCUGGUAUCGGAACUAUUAUACGCAACGACAAUAUAUGCGCCGGUCAUGGAUAAGGAGCUGGACGGCCGCUUUGAGCGGCUCGAGAAGGCGCUCAAUAACAUGAUCGACUCAGUGGUGAAGAACAAUCCGUCAGAGCAGCUAGCGGAGGAACUAGUAGCCGCCCAAGACGGUGUUACUGAGGGCUUGAGACUUCUCGAGAAACACCAGAACAACUACGCGCGAAUACAACAACUGCGACAGGACGUAUCGCGCUACGACGAUCAGAUCAAGGACAUCAUCCACUCUCUCUGGCAGAUGCGAAAAGAGCUUGUUGCUGUAACCGCCACCCCACCAGGCGGCUCAAAAUAUCAAUUCACAACCGAAGACCUUCUCACCUACGCCCGGCUCAUCAGCCGCCAGACCCUCCCUCUGCCGCCUGUGCUCAAGAAUCACCUGGAGUCUAACGCAAGCCGGCCUGCCGAUCCUGAAAGCCAGACCGCCCAAACACCCAACGCGAGCUUCAACUUCGGCUUCAGCAACGCCUCAAUUGGCACCCCAGCCCCCCUGAGCGCGUCUACACCAAACACAGCCGCCAACGAGGCCGCUACAACGCAACACACAAGCCAGCUUCCGCUUUCCCAACCAUAUACCAAGCCCCCCACCACGGAGGAGAAACUCCCCGCCCACCUCAAACCAGCCGUCAACCCGCUCCUCGACACGGGCUUCCAGCCCUGGCCGACACCAGAACAGAUCCGGUCCGGCGCGCUCGCCGACAUCCAGCGGCUCGUGGACAAGGGCAUCGACCCGAAGAACUACGACCCGGAAGAGGAAGAGCGCAAGCGGGUCGCAGAGGAGCAAGCCAAGAAAGAAGCGGAGGAGCGGGCGCGGCGGGAGCGGGAAGAGGCCGAGCGUCGGAUGCGCGAGGAGCGGGAGCGCAUGGCACGGGAGCGGGAGCGGGCGAGGCAGAUGGAGGCUGCUGCUUCUGGUGCUGCUGGUGGGUCUGACGGGAGGACGGAUAGCGUUGCCGUGGGGAUGGGAAGGGCGGCGAAUAAGCCGAAGCAGUUCACUUUCCUGGGCGCGGAUGACGACGACGAAGAUGAGGAGGAUUAGGCAUCUUGUCUUGAGGAGGCCGAGGCCGACGUGCUGGAUUCGGAGACGGGAAUUCCUCCGGGGUGGAAUGAUGAUGACUGGGAGGCUGAGGCCGAGGUGCUCGAUCUGGAGAAGAGUGUUCCUCUGGGGUGGGAUGAUAACCACCGGCAGGACCACAAGCACGAUUACGUGACUAUUCUUGAACACAAGGACCAGCCGAGCUUGGAGCAGGCUGAUGCCUCGGCUAGGAAUGAGGUUAACCACGAUGGCAAGAAGCAUCAGAAACCCCUGGCCCGGUGGUAUCCAAUGGUGGGAUGGGUCAACGGGGUGCAAGGGAAGACUUUCUAUGCACCAUGGCGCAGAGGGCAUGUACACUACUAAUACCCGGAACCAGAAAAGGCGUUGCAAGGGAAGCAUCAUUACAGCAUCAUGGGACAGCGGAAUGGUUUACAAUUGGAACAAGCAGAGCGGUCCGGUUCACGGUUUAGGGAAGAAAGCAGUACUAAGU